AUGGAAUCAGUCACGCGCAUCGAACAAGCUUCGAAUGAGCAAAUUCGCGAUAGGGACCAUGCCGCUAAGAAUGAUGAGCCACCUUUGCAACUGCUACACAGCGACGACGACGAUGAAUACACACCAGACAUCCAAGCUCUUGCUCGCUCGUACUCGCAGCCCUUGGAGGUGCCCAGCCUAGGACAGCUCAUGGCAGAAUCAGAUUCUCCUCACAAUCCCAACUCACCCAACUUCAACGGUCGCAAAUGGGCGAAGACGGCUGUCAAACUAUUGUCCCAAAAUGGCACAUCAUACCGAUCCGCGGGCGUCUGCUUCCAGAACCUCAACGUCCACGGCUACGGCAGGUCAACCGACUUCCAGAAGGACAUUGCCAACGUCUGGCUCUCUGUCGCCGGCUUCGUGCGCAGAAUGACCAAAACAGGCAGUCGGCGUGUUGAUAUUUUACGCCAGCUCGAUGGUCUGCUGCAUAAAGGCGAAAUGUUGGUUGUUCUAGGUCCGCCAGGAUCCGGUUGCUCUACUUUCCUCAAAACCAUUGCUGGCGAGAAAGGCACCCAUCACGUCAGCGACGGAUCCUACAUGAACUACCAAGGAAUUCCCGCAACAGAGAUGCGCUCUAGGCACCGCGGAGAAGCCGUCUACAGCGCGGAAGAAGAUGUGCAUUUCCCUCAGCUCUCCGUCGGCGACACCCUGUACUUUGCCGCCCGGGCUCGUCAGCCGCGACACUUGCCAGUGGGUGUCAGCGAGAGCCAGCUCGCCACCUACCUGCGAGACGUUGCGAUGGCUGUCUUUGGCAUCUCCCACACUGCCAACACUUGCGUGGGUAGCCAACUGAUCCGCGGAGUUUCCGGAGGCGAGCGUAAACGCGUUACCAUUGCCGAAGCCGCCCUAUCAGGGGCCCCGUUGCAGUGCUGGGAUAAUUCCACUCGAGGCCUCGACUCGGCCAACGCCAUCGACUUCUGCCGGACAUUGCGGCUGCAGGCGGACGUCUUCAGCGCAACCGCGUGCGUUUCCAUGUACCAGGCGCCGCAGGACGCCUACGAUCUGUUCGAUAAAGUGCUCGUUUUGUACGAGGGCCGUCAGAUUUUCUUCGGAAGAGCCGACGCUGCUGCCAAAUACUUCCAUGACCUUGGAUUUCACUGUCCCGAGAGACAAUCGACGCCCGAUUUCCUGACGUCCAUGACGUCGCCACCGGAGCGAGUGGUGCGACCUGGAUUCGCCGGCAAGGUUCCUCGGACCUCGGAUGACUUUGCAGCCGCGUGGAGGCGGAGCCAAGAGUAUGCAACGCUUCAGCUGCAACUGGAAGAGUACAAGAAGACGCACCCUUUGGGCGGACACGACGCCGAAGUCUUCCGGGCCUCGAAGCAAGCGCAGCAGGCGCAGGGUCAACGCAACGAGUCCCCCUUCAUGCGCUCGUAUUGGAGUCAGGUCACAUUCUGCCUCUGGCGCGGGUGGAAAAGGCUGGUUUGCGAUCCAAGCACGCCGAUCGGGGCGAUUAUCGGAAAUUUCAUCUUGGCCCUCAUCAUCGGAAGCGUUUUCUACAACCUCGACAGCACCUCGUCCAGCUUCUUUGCCCGGGGGGCCUUGCUCUUCUUUGCACUGCUCAUGAAUGCCUUUGCUUCCUCCCUGGAUAUAUUGACCCUGUACGCGCAGCGACCAAUCGUCGAGAAGCACAACCGCUACGCCCUGUAUCAUCCUUCGGCCGAGGCGAUUUCGUCCCUGCUCUGCGACUUGCCGUACAAGAUCAUGAACUCCAUCAUCUUCAACUCCACCAUCUACUUCCUGGCCAAUUUGCGGAGGGAACCGGGAGCCUUUUUCUUUUUCCUCCUCGUUACCUUUUCCGCCGUUCUGGUCAUGUCCAUGAUCUUCCGGACCAUCGCUUCGGCGUCCCGCACAUUAUCGCAGGCCCUCGUUCCAGCCUCCAUCCUGAUGCUCGACCUCGUGAUAUUCACCGGUUUCGUGCUGCCGAAACAAUACAUGCUGGGGUGGUGCAGAUGGCUGAGCUACAUCAACCCGUUGGCGUACACGUUCGAGGCACUCAUGGUAAACGAGUUCCACAACCGCCAGUUCACCUGCACGGAUUUCAUUCCCACGUCGCAGGCCCCUUCGGAGGGUCUCUCCGGGGCACUUGCCAAGUACGCCAACGUCGCCAACAGCAACAGGGUCUGCAGUGCCAUCGGCGCCAUCCAGGGGCAGGACUUUGUCAGCGGCGACGCCUAUACCAAUUCGCAGUUUGACUAUGAGUGGGGUCAUCGCUGGCGUAACUUUGGCAUCCUCAUCGGUUUCACCGUCCUCUUCCUCAUCAGCUACCUCGUUGCGGCGGAAUACGUGCCGGCAGAAAUGGCUCAGGGUGAGAUUCUGGUUUAUCGUCGCGGUCAUCGGCCGACAUCGGCCAAGCACGCCGACAAGGAGUCGGACGAUGCGGAGCAUGCCACCACCGAAACAAAGCCCGUCGUCUCUCCAGGUGGCGGGGAGAAGGGCGAAGGCGUCCUGCAGCAGCAGACGACGGUGUUUCACUGGCAUGACGUCUGCUACGAUAUCCCGAUGAAACCUGAGCCGCGACGGAUCCUGGACCGAGUCGACGGGUGGGUGAAGCCCGGAACGCUGACUGCGUUGAUGGGAGUCUCCGGUGCGGGAAAGACCACGCUACUGGAUUGCUUGGCCGGCCGGGCUUCGAUAGGCAUGCUCACGGGAGACAUGUUCGUCGACGGCCGGCCACGAGACAUGUCGUUUCAGCGGAAAACGGGUUACGUCCAGCAGGCCGAUCUUCAUCUGCACACGGCCACGGUGCGUGAAGCGCUCGCCUUCAGCGCGCUGCUUCGUCAACCUGCCGAGAUUGCCGAUUCCGAAAAGCUGGCGUACGUGGAGGAAGUGAUCAAGAUGCUGGACAUGGAGGAGUACUCCGACGCCGUCGUCGGCGUUCCGGGCGAAGGUCUCAACAUCGAGCAGCGCAAGCGCCUCACCAUCGCCGUCGAGCUGGCGGCCAAGCCCCCUCUGCUGCUCUUUGUCGACGAGCCCACCUCCGGACUGGAUUCUCAGACGUCCUGGGUCAUCCUUGACCUGCUCGAGAAGCUCGCGAAGUCGGGCCAGGCGGUGCUCUGCACGAUCCAUCAACCGUCGGCGAUGCUGUUUCAACGUUUCGACAGGCUCCUGCUGCUGGCCGAAGGCGGGAAAAGCAUCUACUUUGGGGAAAUUGGCGAAGGCUCCAGGACGAUGACGGGCUACUUUGAGAAGCACGCCGGAUACGGCUGUCCCGCCGACGCAAACCCCGCCGAGUGGAUGCUGCAGGUGACGAGGACGACGACGUCCGAGGACGGAGACGGCUCCGGUGCGGACUGGGUGAGGACGUGGCGCGAGAGCGACGAGUUCGUCGCCGUCCAGGAGGAGCUUGACAGGUUGAAACGGGAGCCGCAACGGCGUGCUGCCGGACGGCCGCUCGGCGAUGAAGACGGGCCAGGCAGCAACGGCGAGUUCGCGGCCCCCUUCACCGUCCAGCUGAAGCAGAGCCUCGUCCGCAUCUUUCAGCAAUACUGGCGAACGCCCGUGUACAUAUACUCCAAGCUGGCUCUCUGCACCCUCACCUCCCUCUUCAUCGGUUUCAUCUUCUUCCAGGCGCCCAACACGGUGCAGGGCCUUCAAAACCAGAUGUUUGCCAUCUUUCAGCUGCUCACGGUGCUCGGUCAAAUCGUGCAGCAGUCGAUGCCGCAGUUCAUGAUCCAACGGUCGCUGUACGAGGCGCGCGAGCGACCUUCCAAGGUCUACUCCUGGGUUGUUUUCAUGCUCUCGCAAAUCAUUGUCGAACUGCCCUGGAACGGGCUCAUGUCGGUGGUCAUGUACUUUUGCUGGUACUACCCCGUCGGCCUGCACCGCAACGCCGAGGCGGCGGGCGAGACGAGCGAACGCGGCGCGCUGAUGUUCCUCUUCAUCCUCAUGUUCAUGCUCUUCACCAGCACCUUUUCCACCUUUGUCACGGCCGGCUUCGAGAGCGCCGAGGGGGCGGCGAACCUGGCGAGCCUGAUGAUCACGCUGAGCCUCAUCUUCUGCGGCGUCCUCGUGCAGUCGGCCAACCUGCCGCGCUUCUGGGUGUUCCUGAACCGCGUCUCUCCCUUCACCUACCUCGUCGGCGGCAUGCUGUCGACGGGCGUGGCCAACACCGAAGUCGUCUGCGCCGCGAACGAGCUGCUACACUUUAGCCCGCCGGCGGAGCAGACGUGCGGCGAGUACAUGUCCAGCUACGUCGAGAUAUUCGGCGGCCGCGUCAUGGAUGCGAGCGCGACGGCCACGUGCGCCUUCUGCCCCAUCGCCGACACCAACACGUUCCUCGCUCGCGUCGACAGCAGGUACUCCGAACGGUGGCGAAACCUGGGCAUACUCUCCGCCUACGUCGUCUUCAACAUUGCCGCCGCCAUGCUCGUUUACUGGCUCGCGCGCGUGCCCAAGCGGAGCUCUCGUGGUGCGCAAGCGAAGAGCUAA